UUCGACGAAUCUACCCCUACCGGCUCGGUGGACAGUAAGACGGAACUGCAGCCGCGUCUCACCACCUGGGACGAUGACGACGCGGCCGACAUCCCCAUGAUCCCGGACCUGGACGAGGUGCAGGAGGAGGACCUGACGCUACAGGUGGCGCCUGCUCCCACAGCGCCUGUCAACCGCGUGGCCACGAUGCAAGAACUGAACGCGGACCUGGAGAAGAAGCCGGCGUUCAUGACGCUGGACGAGGUGGACCUUCAGCUGCUGACACGCUGUCUGCAGGAGGCGCGCGACGUGGCCGAGCCGGACAAGCCCUGGGUGUGGGACGUGCUCUUCACGGAGAUCAUGUCGGAGGUGCAGGACGAGAUCGCCCUGGACGCCACCAGCGCCGACCCCACGCCCCAGCCUAGCGCUACUGGCCUGAACAAAAAGUCUUCAACGAGCACCAAGUCCGGCUCACGAACCGAGCAGCAGCAGCAGCAGCAGCAGCAGCAGCAGCAGCAGCAGCAACCGCCGCCGCCGGCCGCUGAGCUGAGGAAGAGGUCGUCGACGGGUGCCGGGUCGGCCUCAAAGACACAGGCUGCUGCUCCUGCUGAGCCGGCUUAACCCACGGAUCGCCACACUGCGCUGGGGCGCCAGGCCAGCAUCGUCUGCGGGAGGACCGUACCUGUCUCUCUGAGACGCGCGUCCAGGGUGCUUCCGGCUGUGACCACC